AUGAGAAAUAUUAAAAGAAGAACUAUUGCAAAUUUAAACUAUGAUAGUAGUUCCAUUGAUACGAAUAUUCCUGAUAAAGGGUCUAACACUUCAUUGAGAAAAGGACUACGUACAGGUAAACAGAACAAAUCUACAAGUGAUGAUCCAUCUGAUGGAGAAAAAGAGUUAGGUGAAAAUAUUACAGAAUUAAAAUUGUCCUAUAUGAAAAAAAAAAAAAAAAAAAGUGCCUUAGAUAAAAAUGCUCAUACAAGAACAAAGUCCAUGUAUCUAAGUGCUGUUGGGAAUACACUAAGUCUAAAGAGGGGAAACACUUCAUUACCGAAAACAAAGGGGAAAAUAAUGAUGGCGUAUCCUCACCUUGUUUCGAAAUAUUCUACGAACAACGUUAAACCCCAAAUUGAAGAGAGUGUAAAGCAAGGGAACGACCAAGAAGAAAAAAAAGAAAAAGAAAAAGAAAAAGAAGUAGAAGAUGAAUAUGGCGAAGUAGGGGAUGUAAAUAGCGAAGUAGGGGAUGUAGAUAGCGAAGUAGAAGAUGUAAAUAGCGAAGUAGAAGAUGCAAAUAGCGAAGUAGAAGAUGUAAAUAGCGAAGUAGAAGAUGUAAAUAGCGAAGUAGAAGAUGUAAAUAGCGAAGUAGAAGAUGUAAAUAGCGAAGUAGAAAAUGCAAAUAACGAAGUAGAAGAUGUAAAUAGCGAAGUAGAGAAUGCAAAUUACGAAGUUGAAAAAAAAAGUAACGAGGAAGAGGACAAGGAACAAAGCCAUAGGAAUGAUGAAGGAAGAAGAAAAAAAAUUAGUAGUAAAAGAGAAUCGAUAUUUCAAAGGCUAGCCACAGCUAACACUAUAAGUAGUAGCAACAAAAUUGUAAAUGAAAAGUUAAGGAAGCAAUUUACCGAAAAUAUUUAUUCGAUUAUGAAAAUGGGUCCAACAAAAUCCUUCAAUGUGAAAUUAGACAAUAAUAUAACUUACUCUUCUUUCAUGCCAUACAAUAAAGCCCGAAAGUUAAAUAUGGAAAAAAAGUUAAAUAUAAUGAAAGCAAAAUCACAAAUGUUAAAAAUAGCAGAAAAGUAUAUGAGUACAGAUAAAAUGAAAUCUUGCAAAAUGAUGGAAAGAAGGAAUACGCAAUCUUUAAUUAAAAACAUAAAAUUAAUUACAGAGGGGAUAGAGGUUUGGGGGCCAUUUCUGCCGAAGAAAAGAGAAGAAAUAAAAGCGACAAGGAAGCUUGGAUAUGUUCCAAAUUAUUUGAAGGAAAUAAUAACAGAACGUGAGAAGUCAAACAACUGGGUAAAUGGCGAGCUGUGUGGGGAAAUGGACAACAUAACGAACGGCAUAAUGAGCAACAAAUUUAAUGGUGAGUCAUGUAACAAGUCAAGAAACAAUUUAACACAAGGAAAGAAUGGAAAGAUGGUGUUAAGAAAAAGCAGCGGAAUGCAAGGUUUCACAUUAUUUGAAAAUAUGAUAGCUCUUAAUAAUAUUGGAAAGGUCUAUGUAUGGGAUGGGUAUCAAUGGAAGAACAUAAAGAUUUUAUAUGAAUCUUUUUUAUCCAUAAGUACUACUAAAAAUGGAUAUAUAAUAUGCAUUAAUAGAAAAUUUAAACCAGGGUAUUUAAUGAAUAAUAAAUAUUUCCAUAAAAUGGAUACAUUUACAGAUACAUAUUUUUUAAAAAUAGUGACAAGUAUUAAAAAUAAAAUAUGGGGUAUAAAUUUAAGAGGAGAAUUACAAAAAUGGAACAAGUAUGAAUGGAAAGAAGAAAAAAAAGCAUAUGGCAUCUCUAAGUUAAAAUCAUUAGCAUUUGAUAGAAAUAAUAAACUUUGGGUACUAGAUCAACAAGACUAUUUCUACAUUUUUGAUAUAGAAUAUAACAAUUGGAUGCUCAAAAAUAUUAAUGGGACUAAUAUAAAAGAUUUUGACUUUAAUGAAAACAAUUUUCUUGUUGCUGUUACAAAUCAUGGGAUGAUCAAAAUUUACAAAAAUAACAAGUGGAUCAAAUAUGGCAUAUUGGCAGAAAUGAAAAUAGCAAGUUUUCAUUUUAUACGGAGAGUUGAGGAAUAA